AUGGAAGUCGCAGAUCAAUGGCGAAGGCAGUGGGCUGGGACUGCUGAAUUUGGGAAGGUAACUGAAGGCGGUGUGACGCGUCGAGUCGCACGCGCAAUGGAAGUGUUGCACGCUAGCGCCCCAGGUGCUAAAGUUCGUGUAAUGAGAGCGGCGUACCAUUCCUCCUCUGGUCCUGGCGCACCAAGCUCUUCCUAUUUGAUGCAUUCUUCAAGACGAGUCAUAUCAUCAGGAUAUCUUCCAGAACAAUCUCCGGCAUUACCAUCAAAACCAUUAGAAAUAUCGUCACUACCGUUAGAAUCAUCUCCUGAAGUUGACAGUGAGAAAUUGAAUUAUAAAGUUACUGAACCUGAUGACAUUGAAAUAUCAGAGCCGUCAAAAUGGAGAAUCACAACGGGGAAGUCUUCAAUUAGAAUGCCCAGUGAGGAAUCUUCGUCAACCGAUAACGCCAGUAUCAUUGAUUUAGACUCGAGAAAUAGCAGUAGAAACACCACUAGAAGCUUUCGAAACAGCGAAAGCAAUGAAGAUAGUAUCAAAAAUAUACAUGUCAGAAAUCAUCGGGUAUCACCUUUAUUAGACGCUCCUGUAAGUCUUAGUACUUUAAAAUAUACAUCUCUUCUAAACGGCAGUGAUGAAUGGAAUAACAGACGUAAGAGUUAUAGUUUCGAAGACACCACAACGUUAAAUAGCAAAAGUGGUGAUACGUUAAAUAUUAUGGAUUCUUCUACUGAUAGUGGGAUUUGUAAGUCAACAGAAAUUGUAAGCGAUUACAAUACACAUCAUUUUGAAAAUAUGUCGAUGCGACGUAGUAAAGAGAGGUUAUCUGAUUUGCCUGAGGAAUCAUUUCAAGAGUGGUUGUGGAAAAAUAGACCAACAUCAACAUUUAAACCAACGCGAAUUAGUCCAUUAAAAGAGCAUCACGAAAAAUAUUUAACAGACGAUAACAAUAUAAUUUCACUACAAUCUAAAGGAAAAGUUACCAUAACAUUGCCAGUUACAGUUGAAGAUGAUGAUCCUUCUUCAAUGUUGACUUCAGACGAUAACGAUAAAAGAACAAAAAGGGUUGGAUUUUGUAAAACAGAAUUACAUUUUGCAGCGGAGUCUGGAACUGUCAACAUAAUUGCUACUGACGAGAAACCACCGCCUUCUAAUGACUUUAGGAGAAAGAAAAGUGUUUUUGCGCCAUAUACAAGUAAAGUUGACAAAUCAAUAACACUUUUUGGAGAAAAGUCUAGUUUUCGAGAUGUGCCCAUUAGUAUAGAUAAACAGGAAUGUGCUGACCUAGAUGAUAAUAUAGCAGCUACAAAAAGUAUUCUUAAGAACAGAAUUCCGAAACCCAGACCAUAUCUUUUAGGAGAAAAUAUGGCACUUGGGGAUUCAACGGAAGACAAAUAUACAGAAAAUAGUACGUUUCCGACAGCUGUAACUUUAAUAAAUAGGCAGUUUGAUAUUGAACAGAAGCAGACUAAGUUUUAUAGUAAUAGAGCUACGGAUGAAGAAACGUAUAGUAAUCAUUUGAGGACACCAAGUAUAGGUCCUCAAAAACAUAUUCAGUCAUUAAAUGGCAAAAACACUGCAGAAACUAUAAAAUCAAUGAAUGCAAGUAACCGUGAAGAACAUGAACACAAAUCUACCUCACUAGCUCCCACUGGUGGUAAAUUUAAAACUCGCCAACUUCGAGACAGCGAUCUCACCUUCUUUGGCAUUCAAAACAAUAGAAACAACGAAGAAAUACAAACACUCGAUAACCUACAAGAAGAAAUUCUUCAUUCAGUCAAAUUAGUACAAAAAAUAUCGAACAGUGUUUGCAAUAGCGAAGCAGAGUCAGAUGAUACUCCUGAGUAUCAAAAUAUUUCUAAUAUUAAAUAUCGUCCAGUUCCUACACCAAAACCAAGAACAAAAUACAUAGAAGUAUCAGAGGACAAUCGAAAUAAAUUGUUAAAACCCAUAUCAGAAGCAGAUAGCGAUGUUCCCAAAACGACUCGAUCGGCACGUUUGAAGACUACACACGAAAGCGCAUCUUCAACGAGUAGAAGUUUAUCAGAGUCACCGAGAAAAGAUUCACACGUAACACGAAACAAAGUAUGUGAAACUUCGCCGAAACGGUCAACCAGUAUGAACCGUAAUCAAAGCGGAAGUGUGGAUAAAUAUAAAGGACACCCAAAUACUAAACGUAAAUCAGCGAAUAAAACGCCUGAAGAAACUGUGUAUGUAAAUAUAAAUGCUAAGAAAGAUACAUCAAAACAUUAUUUGGGAGGAAGGAACAGUCCAACAAAAUUGAAAUUGAAUUCUGAUAAUAUUGAAGUCACGACUACACGAAAUUACGAGGUCACGAAAAACAAACAAACGAAAAGCGAUGAUCGCAAACCAAAACGAACAGAAAAACUAACCACGCCUGACCUUUCGACUUCACGCAAUGAAGACAUCAAAGCGGAAAGAUCGAAAACCUCACAAAGUGCAAAGUUCCAUAAUCGGUCAACUGAGACUAACCAAAAAAGUAAAAAUUACAUCGAAGGAAACAAGGAGGUGCAUAGAAAUGGAUAUAUUCACAAUUCCGAAAAGGCUUUUACAAAAGAUAAAUCUAAGCGACCAAGCGACCACAUUUCCAGAUUAGCAACUAAAACUAACCCUAGUCCAGAUAAAUUAAAAUCCAAGGAACCUGCUGCCACCGAGCGAAAUUCAUCUAAGUCUAGAAAAAGUAAAUACGUCAUUAACUAUGAUGAUAAAAACGGAACUGUAUCCUCCAUUUGCAAAAUCAAACCGAGUCCAGAUUCCCUUAGAAAGGAACCUGUACAAAACCUCCCUACAACUGAUAAAAAAGUCAAAUCGAGGAAAUCUGGCUUCCUUCAAACACCUGAUCACCAUUGGCUAUCCGGGGUUAACACGAAAACGCAUGCACGAAAAACUUGCCAGUUAUUAUAA